AUCACAAAGAGGCAUGGGGUGAAAAUAGCGUUUUGGUUUACAGAUUGAUGUCAACAAAACUGUCCCUUAUUUGUCUUCAUCUGAAUCGGUCGAGAUGAAGAAGAAAACCUUAGUGGUGUUUGAUUUUGAUCACACGUUGGUGGACAACAACAGUGACAUGUGGGUGAUCCAAUGCACACCUGAGCAGAGCUUACCUGCCUGGCUUGAGAAUUCAUACCAGAGAGGGCGCUGGACCGAGUACAUGGGUCGAGUGUUCACUUACAUCGGAGAGCAAUCUAUCCGUCCGGACGCAGUACGCGAGGUCAUGCAGACGAUCCCGUUCACAGAUGGAAUGAUCGAGCUGCUGAAGUUUAUCUAUCAAAACAAGAGCCACAUUGAUUGUAUUAUAGUCUCUGAUUCUAACACACUGUUCAUAGACUGGAUUUUAGAAGCUGGCGGCAUGAAGUGCGCCGUCGAUAUAGUCUUCUCAAACCCGGCCAGCGUGAACCAACGUGGGUACAUCGAAGUCGGGGGCUUUCAUUCGCACUCCUGUGAGCGCUGUCCUGUUAACAUGUGCAAGCAGAAAGUGUUAACUGAUUUUAGAGCCAGACAGGCAGAUGUUGGGGUCCAUUACCACACCGUGUGUUAUGUAGGGGAUGGGUCGAAUGAUUUCUGUCCUAUUAAGGCUUUAAAUGAGGGGGAUAUCGCAAUGCCAAGAAAGGGGUACAGUCUGGAAAAACUGCUGGCCAAAAGCAGGAGUGAAAGUAAUGCUCCUAAAGUGCAGGUCAUCCCCUGGAACAGCGGGACUGACAUACUAAACCAGCUAAAAAUCAUCCAGCAACAGGCUGAACUAUUAUAAAACAGUAAUGAUGGGCUGCCGCAAAAACACAGCAAAGAAAGAUAAGGAUAAGAAGCAUUUAAAUAGCCUCACAUAGUCUGAUGAAUAAAGUCUGAAAUGUUUACACCUUCAUUUAUGCUUUUAUUAUCUGUUUUUAUUUGAAGUGCUGAGCCGUGGGCUGUGGAUGUCAAACUUCUCUGACAAUUCUGCAGUGUAAAGGAAACUUUUACCACGAAACAUUUUAAAUAUGCUUAUACAAGUUUAGUGAUUCUGGUGCUUGAAUUGUUGCUUUAUUACAGCACUUUAUAACCAUCACAGAUGUAAAGCUGUAACUUUACGACAACUUUAGGACAGAGGAGUUUACUCUUAACACACUGAUGUUAAUGUUGUCAUUUGUAGGAUCUUUCUUUAGAAACUGUAUGAAAUUUAAUAUGAUUGUUUUUGUUUUAUCACCAUGUAUAAUAAAGAGAAUAUAUAGUAUCAUGAUUAACUUUAAUAAAAUGAGAAAUAAAAUCUAUAACACUUGUUGAAAUUGACACAUCA